AUGUCAGAUCAAAGAGCUAGAGGAAGAGGUACACCUAGAGGUGCCGAAGGAAGUUGGCGAGCUCGCGGAAGAGGUAAAGGAAGAGGGUCCACUUCCCCAUCUUCAAGCUGGCAUACCAAUGGCCCCAUUCAAAGAGAUGCCUCAGUUAGUGCGAAUCCUACUGCCUCUGCGUCUGUAUCAUUCAGAAGACGAAUGGACCUCAUGGCCUCUGUGAGCAGGAGCAGCGGACUGGAAAAAGAUGGCGAUGACUUGAAAAAUUACAAGACACAGGAAGAGUAUAAACAUUUUAUAAAAGAGAAGGUCGAAUCAAUCUUUAAAGAUCACGCUCGGUCUGUAUCUGAAUCCGAGGACGACAAAAAGAGACGGAUAGAUUCACAGGAAAAUGUGCUCAUUCUUUUCCGGAAGCUUAGAGAGGGCGUGUCCUCUUCCAACAGAAAUGACGCAUUUGCCUUGGAAACCUAUGAAACCUCUCUCUAUCUUUCAGCUCUUUUCGAUUCUCCGAAGCAAACGAUAUCCAUCAUCCCUCAUCUUCUACCAGUAAGACAUGAAGACCCCCCGAAAUUUACGUCGCACAGUCCGUCGGGGUACAGUGUUAUGAUCUCACUCUUACAUCACCUCGUUGCACAAUAUCCGUCGCAGGGCACGUACUUUCAACAACGAAAUUCGCUUCCCAGUGGUUUACUACAUACCUAUUCUGAAGGCAUGGAAUGGCUAGCCUCUCUAACCAAAAGCCUACGCUUCAGAAAUUACGCCAAAUUCGCAAUGCUCACACAGCGAUCUCAUGUAAUGGCUCUUCUUCAGCGAUUCUCGGACAACGACAAAGCUGCAUACAAUUCACAGACGGGACUUAAAUCCGAUAGCGACCUCGCUAUAAAAGCCAUUUUGAAUCUACUAGAUUCUUUGAGAAAGAAAGUAAGCGAGACUGCUUGGACUAUCAUUCGCGCUACGUAUCGUGAACUUUCUUGCGAUUCCACUCCUAAUGAAACGGGAGCAUGGCUUUCACGAUCAUUAUGCCUUGAAAAUCUUCUCGAUAGCCGAUUCAGCGUCGAUGCAGAACGCUGGCUUGUCGACAAAAUUCCUAUUGGGCAUGUUCGCAGAAAAGAAGGUGUUGAAGGAAAGUGGGUCGUUUGCAAAGUUAGAUGA